AUGGUGAAAAUCCAACUUGGCAGCCAUUUCUUUAGGAGAAUAAAUACGUGUCCACAGAGUGAAACGUUCAAUAUAACAAUUAUCAACAGUCAUCAACAAUCAAUGCCAAAUGGCAUUAUUCAACAACAAUCAAUGAGUACCGAUACCAAUCAAGAACAACUAACAACAUCAGACGGUAUUCAACUACAAGCAAGCUCCCGCCAAUCAAUAACAAUAUCGCUCAAUAAAAAUGUUGCGGUCAUGAUAUCAAAAAGAAUCAAUAACCAAUAUUAUUCUGAUAAAAGCAUCAACAGCAUUGAGGUCACGAUUGAUAUUGAAUCUCCUUUUACAUAUGACAUCUUUCAAGAUAUUAUUCAAGGAAAUAAAAGCGAAAUUGAAUGCGAUGAUACAGUACUAAUGGACCUUACAAAAAUUGGAAAAGAGCUCGAGAUUGAAGAUCUAUUUGAAUUCGAAAAACAUAUCAUUCAAGACAAAAUUCCAUUAGAAAUAGAUAAUUGCAUCGAAAAACUAUUAUACUAUUUCGAAAUUAAUUCACAAACUGAUAUAGAUACAUGUUCAAAUUUUAUUUCAUCUCAUUUUUAUGGCAUCAAUCAAGAACAACUCAAAUAUCAUGUCUCUCAAUUAGGAUUUGAUGUACUUCAAAAGAUAAUUGUUAAUAAAGAAUUAAAGGUAAAAGAUGAAGAAUCACUUGCCGAAUUCAUUAUUUCAAUCAUCGAAAAAAGUGAAAUUUUCACACCAUUGAUUGAAAGUAUUCAAUUCGAUUAUUGCAGCGAUGAAACAAUCACAAAAAUUUUUAACAAAAGAAAUGUUUGCAACUCAAUUGAUUUUAUCAUUCCUCUUCAGAAUUCCUUUAAAAGAUUAAGGUAUCACACACCCAACCCAAAUCGUUAUUUCAUUCCAGAUGAAAUACGUUCAAAGCUUAAUGUGAUUAAGAAUUCAGGAGAUUUUCACUUUACUUAUGAUUUUUUCAAUGAGCUUUCAAUUAAAAAGAACCGAGUUAUGAUGCGAAUUGCACUUGAUGAGGGAACACCCUGGGAUAAAAUGCUUAUUUUGGAAGCAGCAAGAUCUGGAAACUUCGAUCUUGUUAAACUUUUGAUCGAGUGCGGUUGUAAUAAAGAUACCAAAGAAGCUACUGAAUUUGGAUUUACACCACUCAUUUACGCAUCUAUGAAUGGCCAUAGAAAUAUUGCCGAAUAUCUUGUCUCGGUAGGUGCUAACAUAGAAGCAGUAUCUAAAGAUGGACUUACAGCACUCAUUGUUGCAUCAGGAGAAGGCUAUCUUGAACUUGUUGAAUAUUUGAUAUCAAUUGGCGCAAAUGUAAAUGUGAAAGACAAAACAAAUAAAACAGCACUGAUGUAUGCAUGCCAAGAAGGUCAUCUUGAAGUUGUUAAACAUCUAAUUUCCAAAAACGCAAAUAAAGAUGCAGUUGAUGAUCAUGGAAAUACUCCACUUAUGUAUGCAACAGAAAAAGGUUAUUUAGAGAUUACUAAACUAUUUGUCCCUGAAACAAAGCGCAAAAAGAAGUUUGUGGAAAUACUUCGAAGGAAUGUCAUUAAAAUUAUCAAGGAAUCUAAAUCAGUUUUCGAUAAAAUUUUUUAA